AAAAAAUGAAGAAGUAAUGUCACCACUAUUGUGGCAUAUUAAUUAGAAUAUUGUCAUUUAUAUAUAAAUUACAGUGAUCAUUAUACUAAUAUUUUGAAAAACCUUGAUUAACAUUCAAAAUGAAAAAUCAAUCAGUGAAUAAGAAACUUCAAUAUGAGCUUGUAGCUACUGAUCCAAGGAAUAAUCUUCGCAGACACAUGUUCCCAAGUACUUCAACCGAUGAUAAUACGGCUGCUAAUACUAGGAUAAAAGAAAAAGAAAAAGAAGAAAGAAAGGUGCUUGGCAUUGAUAGUGCGGGUAAUUUUAGCACAGAUGAAACCGAUGAAGUCCUUGGGGAUAGCGAAGAAAAGUUCGUUAGAAAGUCGAAGAAACUAAUAGAUUCCAGAAAUGUUGACGGAAGGAUGACUAUCGUAUCCCAAGUUGAAGGCCCAAGAGAAGCACUAUGUUGCAAAUAUAACGAGGAGUAUGAUUAUAUAGCCGUUGGCUAUACAGAUGGCGUCAUCAGGAUAUAUCAAGCUCUUACUGGAAAACACGUGUUUACUUUAGAAGACGACGAUGUGAAGAACGUUAGAGCCCCUUGUACUUGUAUCAAGCAUAGACCGGUUUCAAAGGUCUAUCCGAUUACGAAUUGUUACACAGGAACAUAUGCUAACGGUUGCGUAAAAUGCUGGAGCUAUAAUUUCAAUCAAUGUCUCUAUACAAUAAAAGAAAAACGGCAAACCUUCGGACUGAGCUAUCAUCCAAGAUUCCCAAAAUUUGUUACGUACGGCGAUGAUCUUAGAGUUCAUUUUUACGAUGAAGAGACCAGAACUCAAGAAAGAAUUUUGGUUCCAAGCGAAUUUCCAGAUAAGCACGAUGGCCACAUGUCGAGGAUUUUUGCCGCUUGUUUCCAUCCCAAGAAUAACUACGAAUUGAUCACAGGCGGAUGGGACAAUGUCGUCCAAUUUUGGGAUCUCAGACAACCUUACGCCAUAAGACACAUAUCCAAUGUUCACAUUUGCGGCGAAGGAUUGGACAUCAACCAGAAGGGUACAGAGAUACUGACUUGCAGUUUUCAAUCAGUGGACCCGUUACAGAUUUGGGACUAUGCCUCUGGAAAGAGAAUCGCCACUUUAGAACCAGAUAUUUUUACGGCAAAAUUGUAUUGUGGAAAGUACGUAUCCAAGGAUUUCAUCGCCAUGGGUGGUGCAGAUCCCCAUCUUCUCAGAAUUGUUGAUCUCCAAACCACAGGAACAGCUGCAAGUGUAAACUUUCUUCCAGGAGCUGUAUAUAGCCUUGAUAUAGGCCCUCCAAAGAAAAAAGUUCAGGAGAAAGAUCGAAAAGAACCAGAAGGCUCAAGAGUUAAAAGCGACAUAUCUACAGUACCAAAACUUUGCUUCACUUCUACCAAGGGGUUGUAUCAAGUCGACUUUUAUUAGAUUCCAACAACUACGAGUAUGAGUUUAUAAAGUGUAUUCGUUCUUUUAUAAGCAAAU